AACACCUUAGUUCAUGAAAUGGCAGUGUGGUGCAUUCUUACGCUAGGUGAAAUCUUUUCGAGCAUUAAGUUUCAAAACACAAAAAAGAAAUACUUUAAAUUAUCGAAGAUUCCAAUGUGCCAGAUAAUUAAAGAGAUUGUGUGCAAUGUCCUCUAAUUUCUCUUCUGAGUGAUAAUGGCACCAAGACGAGUUGAAGAAAUACCUGUUAAAAGAGUAGCAGCAUUAGGUUGCAAAUUACCUGAUCAAUUACCAGCUGGAGAAAUAUUAAUAGAUAUUACACAGAAGAAAUGGAGAUUAGGACACACAAUAGGAUAUGGAGGAUUUGGUGAUAUAUAUUUAGCAUCAAAUAACAUUAAUGUUCCUGUUGAACAAGAUGCAAAAUAUGUAAUAAAAAUUGAACCACAUAAUAAUGGUCCAUUAUUUGUUGAAAUGAAUUUUUAUAUAAGAGCAGCUCGUAAGCAUAUGAUUGAUAGCUGGUGUAAAUCUCAAGGGAAAAGACGAAUAGGUGUUCCAACAUAUGAAGGAUCAGGUUCUCAUAUGUAUCAAGGACAAAAAUAUAGAUUUUUAGUGAUUCCAAGAUAUGGCAUUGAUAUUGGAAAAUUAUUUGUAUCAAAUGGAAGAAAAUUACCAACCAAACUUGUUAACAGGCUAGCUGUUCAAAUGUUGGAUGCCCUUGAAUAUAUUCAUAGUCAAGGAUAUGCUCAUGCAGAUGUUAAGGGAUCAAAUAUUUUGCUAAGUGAAGAAGAUGGUACUACAAGAAAAUCUCAAGUUUAUUUAGUUGAUUAUGGUUUGGCAUAUCGUUUUCGUACAAAUGCAGGUAUACAUAAGCCAUUUGUUCAUGAUGAAAGAAGAGCCCAUGAAGGAACAUUAGAAUUCACAUCAAGAGAUGCACAUCAUGGAACUCAUUCAAGAAGAGGAGAUUUAGAAACAUUAGGUUAUAACAUAUUACAAUGGUUGUGUGGUAAAUUACCUUGGGAAAGAGAAAAUGAUAAUGCAACAUCAAUAAUAAAUCCAGAAGAAGUUCAUACACAGAAAGAAAUUUUACUUUCAAAUUUACCAUUAUUUAUGCAUAAAUGUUUUCCUUAUAAAAAGGAACCUCCUGCUGCCAUUAUGGAAUAUAUGAAAUAUAUUACCGAAUUGGGAUUUGAAACUAAACCUAAUUAUUCCUAUCUACGUAGUUUAUUUCAGUCUGGUUCUAGGCAAAAAACUGAUGUUCCUACAUGUUUACAUAAUAUAAGAGAAUCUAACGAAAAUAUUUCUUAUCCCAUAUCUUUCAAACGACCAUACUUACGAGAAAGAAAACCUUGCAGACCUGUUAAUGGCGAGAUACGUGUGACGCGAAAUACACAACCGAAAUAUCCAGUUGAACAAAAAGAAUUUUGUUGGGAAGCUGUAUUGGCACUUCAUCCUGAUAAACUUGCAAAAAUUAGUAUUCAAACUCCACCUUCACCACUUACACCACCUCCAUCUCCACCUCCUCCAUCCUUGCCUACAUAUGCCAUGUUAAGAGUAAUUGAAAGAAUGAAAGAGAAACAAUCAGGUGCAUUUCGACACAAAUCAUUACCAAAAUCUCUAGAUGAACUCAAAACAAAAUGGAUGACACCAGCCAUGGAACAAGUAGUUGAAUUAAAAAAGAAAACUUCUUUAACAGCGCUUUCUUUACGUAAAUCUUCACCAUGUAUGACACGAUCCCGUGGAGCUCAAUUAAAACGACUUGGAAAUGAAAAAUCUUAUAAACGAAUACAAAGCAAGAAAAGAAGAAAAUGUACAUCAACAGAAGUAUGAUAAAUUUCUUUAAAUAUCACAUGUCUUCAUUCCUUGGACAAUGGAAUCAUUAACAAAUUAUCUAAAUAAUGGAUAUAUAAUUAAGUAUUAUUUCAUAUUAGUUUAUUUAGAUUUUGUAAGAAUAUACUCUUCAUUAAACUCCUGUUUAAAGGACAAAAUUUCAUUUAUUAGGAAUGCCUCGGAUGUAUUUAGUACUACAUCAACUUUUGUAAGACUGCUUCAUUAUCAUGAUUUGUUCUUUAAUAAGCCUUUAAUAUAAGAUCUUUUUAACAACUAUAUAGCGAACAAAGAUUUAUAAAUAAUUCAGCUCAUAAUUAGAUGAGUUAUUUUCUUUUAAAAUGUAAUUUCAAUAUAAUUGAAAGAUUAUUAAAUAGAUGCAGUAAUGAAACAUCACUAUUUCUAAGUAGUAGAAAUAUUACAUAUUUUGUACAUAUAGACAAAAUAUGUAAUGUUUAAUUUCAUGAUAGAUUAAUGAUCUGAAUAUUAAUUUAAAAUUGUUUUAAUUCAUUUGUUUAUUUUAUAAAAUAGC